AUUUCAUUAAUGAUUAAACCUCGACAUUCAUACCAAGUCAUAUCGUAUACACACACAUAUUGAUUAUAGUACACUUCUUCCAACCAUCCAUGAAGUUCCUACUACUACUUCUAGCUUUGCUUCUUGCUUCUUCAGCCAUUUUAGGUGCACAGGGCCGAGUUGCCCGCAAGAAUUUAGGUAUAGAUUUUGGUGGCGUAGGGGUUGGUAUCGGGACAGGUGUUGGCAUCGGAGGCAGUGGAAGCGGUUCUGGAGCAGGGGCUGGAUCUGGAUCUGGUUCGAGAUCUUCCUCCUCCUCCUCUUCAAGCUCCUCUAGCUCAAGCACUAGUGGCAAUGGAGGAGGUGAUUCUGAAGCAGGGUCAUCUGCAGGGUCAUCUGCAGGAUCAUCUGCAGGCUCCCAUGCUGGUUCAGGACACCGAGGUGGCGAUUAAGUAAGGAAGUAUAUGAAACGUAAUCGUAUUUGUAACUAGUUAUAUCUGAAUAAAUGAAUGGAAAUACUAGCCAUUUGUACUUGAAAGGAGUUGUAUCUUCUUUUUAUGUAAGAGUUAAGUGGUAAUGUUGUAUACAUAGUUUGUAUCUUUUUUCGAGAUUGAAUGAACAGUUUUGAAUUUGACCAA